CUGUCUUCUUCUUCUUCUUCCUCCUCUCUGUGCUGUGCUGUCCUCCAGGUUUCAAUUUCCAGAUGGAUCAAAUUCUCUUGGGCACGAUAUAAAGCCGAAGAGAUUCGGAGGCUGGUUGCCGACUGCGGUGGUUUCAAUCAGAGUUUGGAGAAAUUAGGGUUUCAGCUAGGGUUUUGUUGAUUAUUGAUUGGUUUUGGAUUGGUUUGGUCAGAGGUUUUUGGUGUGUUUUGGUUGUGGAAUAUGAGUGGAGGUGUUUAGGCUGGGUUUUCUAGGGUUUUUCGGAUGGGGAGCACCGGUGAGCAUGACCGGAAACGGCGUCAUAUUAGCUCCAUAUCGUCGCCCACGGCUGCUGCUGCUGCUGCUGCUGCUAAGAAGCAGCCGUUUUUGCCUCUUUCCGAGGAUAAGAAGCUUGACAUUGCUGUCCUUCAAUAUCAAAAUCAAAAGCUACUACAGAAAUUAGAGACUCAAAAGGUCGAGUACUCUGCUCUUGAGAAUGAAUUGGCCCAGUUGAAGAAGAAACAACUGCCAUAUGAUCCCACACUUAUGGUGGUCAACAAGUCUUGGAAAGAGUUGGUUAAAGACUUGGAAUCCUGUUCUAUCCGUUCAAGAAAGUCAACCUGUCAGGAAGAUGUUAAAGACAACCUUGUCGUGCGUGAUGGGGCUCUGUCUACCUUGCAUGAUGCUUUUUUGAACCGCCUUGCACAAUCUGGUGCAACUGAAAGUUCAUGUACAUAUAAUAUUUGUAAUAAGAUGGAAGAGGAUAGAGGAACUACCUUGGAAAAUACUCAGAAUAUUUUAGGUAAUAUAGUAGCCGCAAUUGACAAUGUGUGGAAUGUGAAGGAUGCAUUGCACAAUGCCCUGUUGAAAGAGCUUCCUGAAAAUGGCUUGUCUAGGCAGAGGGCAUCCAAUGAUUUAAGAAAUGAAGUUAAGAACUUGAGAUUGGCAUUCUGCGAUAGUCUUCUGAAGCACAGAGGUCUGGCAAGGGAACUGCAUAACCGCUGGGACAUUGAAUCAAAGAAUAAAGCAGAGAUUAAACGCCUGAAAGGGGAGUUGGAAACCACUCUUGGUGAAUUAGAAGAGAAUAAUCGUCAACUAGCAAUUCUAAAAGCAGAGAGGGAUUCUACAAAAGGGGCAACUUUCCCUGUCUUAAAUUUUCUGAACAAGCCUGUUGAUAGGGCCAGAGAUAAGCAAAAGGAUCUGCAAGAUAUGGAGUCUACUCUCAAAGAGCUCACGGACCAAGCUUCAUGUCGACUAAUGGAAAUCAAAAGCCUUCAUGAAGAACGGAUAAAAAUAUUACAGCAGUUAUCUAGUUUGCAGAACAUGAUGAAGAAUGCAAAGUGUAUUUCCUCUUCCAAAGCAUAUCUAUUGGUCAAAGAUCAAAUAGAAAAGUCGAAAUCAGAAGUUUUUGAGUGCCAAACCAUCAUUGAGAAACUACAGGUUGAGAAGGAUAAUCUUGUGUGGAGGGAGAGGGAACUAAAUGUUAAAAAUGACAUUGUUGAUGUUUUGCGGAGAUCAGCUGCAGUUGUUGAUUCUAGAAUUACUGAUCUGGGUAUAGAGAUACAGAAACAGAUUGACGAACAGAAAAGGAUGGAAGCUAAGCUUGAAGAGGCUUCAAGAGAACCAGGAAGGAAAGAAGUACUUGAAGAAUUUAAAGCCUUGGUUUCUUCGUUUCCUGAGCAAAUGGGUGCCAUGCAAGGUCAAUUACGUAAAUACAAAGAGGCUGCUUCUGAUUUUCAUUCUUUGCAGGCUGAUGUGCAGUCCCUUUCCAGCAUUCUUGAUAGGAAGGUGAAAGAGUGUGAAACAUUUUCUGCAAAAUCCUCUGACCAACUCACUGAGAUACAGCAGUUGAAAGCUGUGGUCCAAGAUCUAAAGGACACGGAAUCAGAGUUAAAGCUGUUUUUGGAAAUGUAUAGACAUGAAUUGAGUGACCCAAGGGAUGUCAUGGAAGCUAGAGAUUUGGAGUGCAAGGCAUGGGCUCAUGUUGAAUGUUUAAAAUCAUCUCUUGAUGAACAUAAUUUAGAAUUACGAGUUAAGAAAGCAAAUGAAGCUGAGGCCACUUCUCAACAAAGGCUUGCUGCUGUAGAAGCUGAGAUUGCUGACCUCAGACAGAGGCUUGAAGCUUCUAAAAGGAAUAAGGUGAGACUUGCUGAUGUUCUGAAAUCCAAGACUGAAGAAAAUGAGGCCUACUUGGCUGAAAUUGAGACAAUUGGACAAGCUUAUGAUGAUAUGCAAACUCAAAACCAGCAUCUACUGCAGCAAAUUACCGAGCGAGAUGACUAUAACAUUAAGCUUGUUUUAGAGGGUGUGAGGGCAAGACAGACACAGAACGCUGUACUCAUGGACAAACGUAAGAUGGAGAGGGAAAUUCAACAAGGCCAUGCAUCUCUUAAUUUCUAUGAGAUGAAAGCUGCUCGGAUCGAAGAUCAGUUAAAAAUAUGCUCAGAUCAACUUCAGAGACUAGCAGAACAUAAGUUUCAAGGUGCAGUUCAACUGGAGAAUACCCAGAAGAGGUUGAUGGAUGUGAGAAGGUCAUCACAGCAAGCUCGGGAUUCUCUAGAGGAAUCACUGUCUAAAGUUGUUAAGGGUCGGUUGACUCUGUCCGAGAUGCAGAUAGAACUAGAGAAAGAAAGGCUUAAAAAGAAAAGAAUAGAAGAGGAAUUAGAAGCUUUGAAAAGAAAAGCCGGUCGGCUUCAAGCACAGACAGAGGGUUUGUCAAUUGUUGAAAAACUUCAACAGGAACUUGGAGAAUACCGGGAGAUAUUGAAGUGUGAUAUCUGCCUUGACAGAACAAAACAGGUUGUCAUUACAAAAUGCUAUCACUUGUUCUGCAAUCCCUGCGUGCAAAAAGUAGUUGAAUCUCGCCAGAGGAAAUGUCCGAAAUGUUCCAUCAGUUUUGGGCCAAAUGACAUAAAAUCUGUGUACAUCUAAUCGAUGUAUACACGGAGAUGGAUGCAACUUUUGUGCGAUCUGCGUCUUGCAUGUGAACCAUUAGGAAUCCUCGCCAGUUCUCACCUGUAUUGUUAUUAGUGAAAUUGUAGAGAACAUUUGCAGCCUUGGUUAGGAUCACCUUCCCUUCACCAAAGAGUGCUGAUCUUAGUUUUGCUGGUUCUGCUUUUAGGUUGUUAUUUUGACUCAAUUUAGUGCGCAUUAUAAUGUUCAAAAUCAAGCAUUGCAGGCUUAUCCGAUGUUGAUCCAUUUCAGUGGUUUUUCUAUUGUCAAUGCAGCAUGUGUGCUUCAGAAUAAGAUCUCAUGUUUAUAAGUGUGCCUUCUUUGAGUCUUGUAGUAUCCUAUUUUAGGGUUUGUUUCUGCCGAAUAUAGAACAUAGAUGAAGCAGUGACGGCUUUUCGUACAUAUUUUAGUAGAAGGGUAGAGUAAGAUCUUCAAGUAGCCUUUAGGUUCCUUUAGAAUUGUGAAAGCAGUUUGUUAGUGUCCGAUGUAUUAGUGUACAACAUUUCUUUAGAGAUGUAAUGUAAAUGCUAUUGAGAUAUUCAUUCAUUUAUAGUAACAGCAGAGUGAUCUCAAUUUUGAC